UCUAAAACCCCGGGCCCCUCAGUGUUCACUUGGCCACUGGCUUGUGCUUCUCUCGUUUCAGACUGCUCUGCCAUGACCACAGCACGGUGCCGGCCCACCUGGGACCUGGCCCUGGACCCGCUGGUGUCCUGCAAGCUGUGUCUCGGGGAGUACCCAGUGGAGAAGAUGACGACCAUUGCCCAGUGCCAAUGCAUCUUCUGUACCCUGUGCCUGAAACAGUAUGUGGAACUCUUGAUCAAAGAAGGAUUAGAAACUGCAAUUAGCUGCCCUGAUGCUGCCUGCCCCAAACAGGGCCACCUACAGGAGAACGAGAUUGAGUGUAUGGUUGCAGCUGAAAUCAUGCAAAAAUACAAAAAGCUACAAUUUGAAAGAGAGGUGCUCCUGGACCCCUGUCGGACUUGGUGCCCGGCAUCCACCUGCCAGGCUGUGUGUCAGCUCCAGGAGAUGGGGCUGCAGACCCCGCAGCUGGUGCAGUGCAAAGCCUGCGACACGGAAUUCUGCUCCGCCUGCAAAGCCAGCUGGCACCCUGGCCAGGGCUGCCCGGAGACCAUGCCCAUCACCUUCCUUCCCGGGGAGACCAGCUCCACUUUCCAACUGGAGGAGGACGACGCGCCCAUCAAACGCUGCCCCAAGUGCAAGGUCUACAUCGAGCGGGAUGAAGGGUGCGCACAGAUGAUGUGUAAGAACUGCAAGCACGCCUUCUGCUGGUACUGCCUCGAGUCCCUGGACGAUGACUUCCUUCUGAUCCAUUAUGAUAAAGGGCCCUGCAGGAACAAGCUGGGUCAUUCCAGGGCAUCUGUCAUCUGGCAUCGGACACAGGUUGUGGGCAUUUUUGCUGGAUUUGGGCUUCUGCUCUUGGUGGCCUCGCCUUUCCUGCUCCUGGCCACUCCGUUUGUACUUUGCUGCAAGUGCAAGUGCAGUAAAGGCGACGACGACCCCCUACCCACCUAGAGGAAGGCGUGAUGCUGGAACAAGACCCCACCUCCGGGAAGCGUGGUUCUCUCCCAUCCCCACCCCGCCGUCCCCCUCUCACUAAACAUGUUUCUUGCCUUAUGUGCCCCAUUGAGCUUCACAGUGUCACGCCGGAUGCCGUGAUUUCAGGGUCUGAUAUUAGAUUGUUGGCGGAGGCCCCAGGUGCAGUCAUCCCGGCGUGGGGGAGGCAAGGCUGGCAUGGGUGGGGCACGUCCCACAGAGGCUGUCUCUGCAGACUUGACAAGGGAGCUGCUGUAUGGACCACCAGGUGGUGGUAGACUAGGAACGUCUGGUGUUGCUUAGGAGACCUUCUCUCACAGAAUGUUGUCCGUCUCCUCCUUGGCUUCAAGCUGGCGCCACGUUGUUGAGAGAAGUCUUUUAAGGAUCGCAUCUCACUUCAGACAGAAUCCAAGUGUUCUGACUUGAGAAAAGCACUCUGUUUAUGACAACUCUUUUUAUUACUAAUGGCAUUUAGUAAAAUCCUUUUUAGAAGGU